AAGCAAAAACCUGUGAGUGGCACUUCCUCCCCGCCCCUCUCAGGUGGCCGCGUACGUUGCUAAGGUGGGAAUUUUAGUGACAAACUCGGAUAAACGGCGUUCCGGAGGCGAGUACACCAAGCCUCCCUUACGUAAGAAGCGGAAGAGCGUGUCCUCCAGGAAGAGGCGGAGUCGAGGUAAGGGAGAGAAAUGCUUCAUUCAGGAAUGGAUUUUGGAGUUUCUGGGCGCUGAAGAAAUUAGAGGGCCUUCCACCGCGGACCUCGGGAGUCGACCCCGUGGAGCCUCGCCAGGCUCGGGACCUACCGCUGAGUAAAUCCGGUCCAGGGUGCUGCGACUCACUGGCUUCAUGGGGUCGCAGCAGCCGCCGGGGUCUCCGCUGUCUCGCGAGGAGGGUGAAGCGCCCCCUGCUCCCGCUCCUGAGGGCCGGCGGAGAAGUCGCCGGGUUCGUCUUCGCGGGUCCUGCCGUCACCGACCCAGCUUUCUGGGCCGCCGGGAGCUUGCCACGAGCGCCCCAGCCGGGCCUGCACCGGCAUCCUCCGAGAUAAUGGCUUCAGCCGCUAAGGAAUUUAAAAUGGACAACUUUUCACCUAAAGCUGGCACUAGCAAAUUGCAGCAGACAGUACCAGCUGAUGCAUCUCCUGAUUCUAAGUGUCCUAUAUGCUUGGAUAGAUUUGAUAAUGUGUCUUACUUAGAUCGCUGUUUACAUAAGUUCUGUUUUCGCUGUGUACAGGAGUGGUCAAAAAACAAAGCUGAGUGUCCACUGUGUAAACAGCCCUUUGAUUCUAUUUUCCAUUCUGUGAGGGCAGAAGACGACUUCAAGGAGUACGUCCUAAGGCCUUCGUAUAAUGGUUCUUUUGCUACCCCUGAUGUUCGCCGGUUCCGCUAUCGGACAACCAUGACAAGGGAACGAAGUGCUUCUGUUUAUUCACCUAGUAGUGCCAUGAAUAGAAGAACAACAACUCCACCAGAUAGUGGAGUACUGUUUGAAGGGUUAAGCAUUUCAGGAAGACCUAGAGAUGGUGAAAUUCCUCCUUUCAUGAGACAGAUUGCGGUAAGGAGGCCAGCUACUGCAGAUGAAAGAUCUUUGCGGAAAAUUCAAGAACAGGAUAUUAUUAACUUCAGGCGAACUCUCUAUCGUGCUGGUGCUCGAGUUAGAAAUAUUGAAGAUGGCGGACGCUACAGGGAUAUUUCUGCUGAAUUUUUCCGUAGAAAUCCGGCUUGCCUUCAUAGAUUGGUGCCCUGGUUAAAACGUGAACUCACAGUUCUGUUUGGAGCUCAUGGAUCUCUAGUGAAUAUUGUCCAGCACAUCAUCAUGAGCAAUGUUACUCGCUACGACUUGGAAAGUCAGGCAUUUGUGUCUGAUUUAAGGCCAUUUUUACUUAAUCGGACUGAGCAUUUUAUACAUGAAUUUAUCAGUUUUGCUCGAUCUCCGUUUAAUAUGGCAGCCUUUGAUCAACAUGCUAAUUAUGACUGCCCUGCUCCUUCAUAUGAAGAAGGCAGCCAUUCUGAUUCUUCAGUCAUAACAAUAUCUCCAGAUGAAGCUGAGACCCAAGAACUGGAUAUUAACAUAGCCACUGUUAGUCAGGCACCAUGGGAUGAUGAAACUCCAGGACCAUCUUAUUCAAGCUCAGAGCAGGUACAUGCUGCCAUGUCUUCCCUUUUAAAUACAUCUGACAGUUCAGAUGAGGAACUUGUAACAGGAAGAGCCACUCAGAUGCAAGGAGUACAGACCAAUGAGGACCUAAAUAAUGACAGUGAUUCUUCUUCAGAUAACUGUGUCAUUGUUGGGUUUGUUAAACCACUAGCUGAGAGGACCCCAGAACUUGUUGAACUGUCCUCUGAUUCUGAGGAGUUAGGAUCUUAUGAAAAAAUGGAGACAGUGAAGACACAAGAGCAAGAGCAGUCUUACAGUUCUGGUGAUAGUGAUGUCAGUAGAUGUUCAUCCCCACACUCUGUGCUUGGAAAGGACGAACUAGUAAAUAAAGGGCAUUGUGAUUCUGGUACAAGAAUCAGAUCGAAGAAAGAAGAGAAACGAUCUACAUCUUUGUCCUCUCCCAGAGACCUGAGCUCAUCCAUCAGAGGAGACAGAGUGUAUUCCCCACACACCCGCAGACACAAGAGGAGGGCAAGAUCCAGAAGUUCCGAUUCACGUUCCCAGAGCAGGAGUGGGCAUGAUCAGAAGAGUCGUAGAAAACAUCAUGGGAAGAAAAGAAUGAAGAGCAAACGAUCCAGAAGCAGGGAGAGUAGCAGACCUAGAGGUAGAAGAGACAAAAAGAGGUCAAGAACUAGAGAUAGCAGUUGGUCAAGAAGAAGCCAGACUCUGUCUCUAAGUAGUGAAAGCACAAGCAGGUCAAGAUCUCGUAGCAGUGAUCGUGGUAAAAUAAGAUCACGGAGCAGAAAUAGAGAUCGUUACUAUUUAAGAAAUAAUUAUGGAAGCAGAUACAAGUGGGAGUAUACUUACUAUAGCAGAAACAAGGACAGGGAUAGCUACGAGUCAUCUUACAGGAGGAGGACUCUGUCCAGAGCUCAUUAUUCCAGACAAUCUUCAAGUCCAGAAUGUAGAAUUCAGUCCUUUUCUGAAAGAACAAAUGCUAGGAAAAGAAAUAAUCACAGUGAAAGGAAAUAUUACUACUAUGAAAGGCAUCGAUCAAGGAGCCUGUCUAGUACUCGAUCAAAGACUGCAUCUACAGGCCUUGACCGGGUGAGGAAUGAAAAACCUGGCGGAAAGCGAAAAUACAAAACUCGGCAUUUGGAGGGUAUGAACGAAGUGGCUCAACCAUCUCGUGAGUUUGCUUCUAAAGUGAAGGAAAGUCAUUACCAAAAAUCUUCAUCAAAAUUGGAUGGAAACUGCAAAAAUGAGAGUGAUAGCUUUUCAGACAGCCGAUCAUCAGACAGAGAGACAAAACGCAAGAGGAGAAAGAGGAGGACCCGGAGCCUAAGUGUAGAGAUAGUUUUUGAAGGGAAAGCUACCGAUACAGCUAGACAUCAUAAAAAGAAAAAGAAGAAACAUAAGAAGAAGCACAAGAAACACCAUGGUGAUAGUGCUUCUCGUUCCCCAGUUGUGAUUACCAUUGACAGUGACAGUGAUAAGGAUUCUGAAGUAAAGGUGGAUACAGGAUGUGACCUUAGGGGUCCUCAAGACCCUCUACAAAAUGAAUUUGUGGCUUCUUCUUUGGAACCAUUUGAAACUAAAGAUAUAGUUACAAUAGAAGAUGAAUUUGGUGUCCUGGGCAAGGAGUGUGAUAUUAACACACUUAACAACUUGAAUAAUGCCAACAAAACUGUAGAUAAUAUUCUACCCCAGACAGCUUCAAUUGAACAAACUCUUGAUGUAAGAGAAGAGAGCGCCUUUGCCUCUGAUUUGGAGAACCAGUCCAGUGAUGUGUCUAUUCAAACUGAGCCAUCAAGACACUUGCCAUCUCCACGGACAUCUUUAAUGUCAGUGUCUCUUGGUAGAGACCAUGAUAUGUCUUAAAACUGCCAAAGCAUCUCAUUGAGAAUUCUGAUGAUAUACAAAGGAAAAAAAAAAAAAAAGAAA